AUGGGGAUUAAGCCGCAGCCGGAUAUAAGGCCAGUGCGCGCAUCAGGUGCGGCGCGCGUGCGCACUGCCGCCCGCCUCGCCACGGCGUCGCUCCGGCGUCCGACGCCGGCGUCCAGCAGUCUGUGCGGCGGCGGGCGCGGCGGCAGACAUGCGAGCAUGGCCAUCCUGCAGUCGUGCUGCUGCUGGCGCUCGGUGCGCAUGGGCAGCUACGCCAGCGCCGCCUACACCACGGCGUACUUCUCGGUGAUGGUGGUGAUCAUGGGCCGCGUGUUGCACGAGGAGCGGCAGUACCUGCAGGGCUAUGUGCCGGCGCCGCAGACAACCAGCGUGCUGGAGGCGGGGCCCAUCUCACCAGCGACCAUGUGCCUGACGGUGGCGGUGCUGGCGUGCGCCAGCUGCGGGGUCAUCGCCUCUCUUCUGCUGUUCUACGGCCUGUACACGGACCGGCGGCUGCUGCUGGUGCCGUGGAUCCUGGUGGUGGCCGCCAACCUGCUGCUCGACCUGGCCCACGUCGUCACCACCAUCGCCAUCGGCGCGCUUACAUUCAAUCCACUCACAGCGUUUCUGUUCACAAUCGACUUUUUCCUCAUCACACUCAACGUGUACGCUCUGCUGUGCGUCGUGUCGCAGUUCCAGGAGUAUAAGGCUGGCCGAGGGACCGCCGCGGACGAUCAGUGCAUCCGACACGUGAGUAUCACAGCAGCUCUCAGUGCGAAAGUAAUACGAAAUGUUUAG